AUGUUGCGUGCAAAGGUCCUGCCGGAAGUUCUGGGGCAGAUCGUGGACGAUGAGGUCACGGCCUGCAUAUUGAUGACGUUAGAGGGGGCACUGGUGGGAUCAGUGGGCGAAAAAGAAGCGGUCGAUCAUAAAGUGGUUGGGGCGAUUGCGUCCCAUACUUGGGGCGAGUACGUGCACGCCGGGAGAGAAGCGAAUCCCGCGGGAGAGUUGCGCACGAUGCUCAUGGAGCUCGAGCACGGCCGACUCGCGAUGACAGUGGCAGGCAAAGCGUUUCUGCUCUGUGCCUACUCGGGCACCGAUGCCCCGGCGGGACUGCUCAAGGCUAAGGUGGAGACGCUGGGGACGUUCCUGUCGGCGUCGCUGGAUCAGAUCGAAACGUAA